AUUGUAAUAAUUAUGUUCAAAAUUGCACAAAAGUCUCACUUAUUCGUAAACCUUUUUCAAGAUAAAACCAAACUAGAAAGGCAUACACUUACAAUGUUUGCAACUUGGCCUGAGCAACUUGGCCUGAAAAAAGAAUAGAAACUAUAGAUCUUUGACGUUAGUUCAAUCAUUUGUAAAGAAAUUGAUGAUAACCCUUACACCUCAUUUGGGGUUUACACUACCAAAAAGAGUAACUAAACAAAAAUAUAACACAUUUUAAGCGGCUUGAAAAGUUGCAACACUUUUCCUUUGAUAACAGUCCAAUGUCAGACCUAAGGCCCAACAGCUCUGAAGAAGUCGUGUUCAGAGAGGAGGACCAGGUAUUACCACAGGACGACCUCGAGCCACUGAAUAAGAAAAGGAAGCAUGAUUCAAGCGAAGGCCUGUUUAGUGGUGAAUCUUCAUCGGGUUUGUUAGAAACGUCAAUACCACCCCAUCAAGACAAGUGGGACGCCAACACAGCUCCAGACGUUGGAAGAGAAGCAAAUAAUAUGGAAUCCGAUGAUUAUGUAUUUGUGACUCCAAGUGACCGAACGUUUUACUUCUUCAAUGGAUCAGAGACAGUUAGAGUUCCAUCUAAAACAGAAAAAAAUUCGGAAAAACAAUACAAGAUCUUGAAAUACCCCAGAUCCAAACAAGAGAAGCAACAUAAAAGAGGAGAUUCUUCAGUGGAGCGGCCCCAUGCCUGUCCAUUUGAAGGGUGUACUUGGUCAUUCACCAGGUUAUCUGAUUUAACCAGACAUAAAAAAUCUCAUACCAAACCAAAUUACACUUGUCCCUUUUACAAGAACGAUCCAACAUGCCACAAGAAUGGAGGCGCAUUUGCAAGAUUAGAUGUUUUGAAAAGACAUUUGAAAUUAGUUCAUUAUGUCAAGGAUAAACUGCAAAUGAUUGAAGGGGAUGAUCCGGGAUGGUGCAGAAUCUGCCAAAAAAUGUUUCCUUCACUGAAAGCUUUCAUAAAUCAUACAGAAGCUUGUGCAAAUACUUCUAAACCCACUGAAUGGAUGAAGAAAAAUGCUAAACACGAUGAAAAAAACUACUUUCCCGUUGAAUCAUUGGUAAAUUAUGAUUUAGAGAAAUCCGAUUAGGUUCAUAAAAGCCAAACGAACCUACUUCUGGAACUUCUUUGCAUUCUUCUUUUCUCGUGUAGCGAAAAGAAAACAAAAAUAUCAACGUUACCAUACGGCUAGCAAUUGCAUCAUUUAAAAGAUUAUUCUUAAUGACUUCAGUCCCCUGAU